AUGCAGGCGGAGAAGGCCGUAGGCCACGGAGACAACGCCACCACCACGCAGGAUGUCACCAACCCUGGAAACAAUGAGGCCUGGUCAGACAACUCGGAAAAAAUGAAGGCCUUGGCAUGGUUCGGCAAGAACGAUGUCCGCAUGAUUGAAACUCCAAAGCCAAAGGUCAUUGAGCCUCGCGAUGUUAUUGUCAAGGUGACCGGAUCCACUGUUUGCGGCUCAGAUCUUCACUUGCUUCACGGCUCUGUCGUAGAGAUGCAGAAGGGCGAUAUUCUCGGCCAUGAAUUCUGUGGUGUUGUCGAUGAGUGCGGUUCCGAAGUCACCAAGUUCAAGAAGGGCCAACGCGUUGUUGCGUCCUUCCAGAUCGCCUGCGGUGAUUGCUACUACUGCAAACAGAAGCUAUCUUCCCAAUGCGAGAAGACAAACUCCAACACCAUCGAGAACACCAUGUAUGGCGGCCGGACCGCGGGCAUGUUUGGAUACUCUCACUUCACUGGUGGCUUUGCUGGUGGCCAGGCAGAGUACACUCGCGUUCCCUACGGUGAUGUUAACCUGCUGCCACUUCCCGACGACGUCCCUGAUGAGCAGGGUCUCUUCCUCUCCGACGUCCUGUGCACUUCAUGGCACGCCGUUGUUGACACUGGUGUUAAGAAGGGAGAUGUUGUAGCCAUCUGGGGAGCUGGCCCAAUCGGACAGAUGGCUGCAGAUUUCUCUUUGCUGAACGGCGCAUCCAGAGUCAUCAUGAUUGACUCCAACUGGCGUCUCGACUUCAUCAAGAACAAAUACCCCCACAUUGAUACCCUCGACUUCUCUACUCUGCCCAAGGGAGAGUCGGUAACAAGCAAGCUCAAGGAAAUGUGCAACAACCGCGGCCCUGAUGUCAGCAUCGAGUGCGCCGCCGGAGAGUACGCAAAGGGCUGGGCACACUACUUUGAGAUGAUGCUCGGCCUCGAGACCGACACCAGCGAAAUUGUCAACGAGAUGAUCUCCAGCACACGCAACAUGGGUCGUUGCGGUAUCACCGGUGUAUACGUCGGCUACACCAACCAUUUCAACAUCGGUUCGCUCAUGGAACGCGGCAUCCGCCUGAUUGGCAACGGCCAAGCCCCCGUCCACAUGUACUGGGAGUCCCUGCUCCAGAUGAUCCAGGAAAAGCGCAUCGACCCGUCCAAGAUGGUUACCCACCGUGUGCGUCUCGAGGAUCUCGACAAGGUCUACUACAAGUUUGAGAAGAAGGAGGAUGGCAUGCAAAAGGUCUUUGUCGAGACAAAGUGGAGUUUCCCGGCUGCCAAGUGUAGCCCUGAGCUGACUAAAUACUAA